AUGAAGAUUUUAUAUACUUGGGGAAAGGGUAAAACAGGUAAUACUUGCCAUAAUGUUGAUAAAAAAUUACCAACACCACCAUCGGUGUUGAUUUCACUGAAUUUGGAUCAGUUGUCAAUGGGCGCGAAUCACUCUGCUGCCAUCGUCAAUGGCGAAUGUUUGAUGUGGGGCGAGGUGAUGGGAAGAAAACAUACCACUCUCUUUAAGAUCGUCUGGAAAAAAGUGGUGAUCAGCGUGUCGUGUGGUUUCAACCAUACUCUGUUGCUCACCGAAGAUCGUCGAGUGUUCUCGAUGGGUCUGAAUGGAGCUGGCCAGCUCGGUACCGAUAUAGGCGACUCGGCUGUGCCACUGCCGAUUGUGGCGCUACCCGGCAACAUCGCCAAGGUGGUCGCAGGCAAUCAGUUGGUGUUUGGCGACCAACACACACUUGCCCUGACAAAUGAAGGUGCAAUCUAUGCCUGGGGAUCGAAUUCUCGUGGACAACUCGGACUUGGACAUAACAAUGACAAAGUGGCGCCGGUUCCACUCGAGCAGCUCUCAACGGUGGUCGGCUACAAGAUGCCGGCUAUCGACAUUGAUGCCGGCCAACAGCAUUCUGCAGCACUGACAAACGACGGUGUUGUGUUUAUGUGGGGAUCGAAUAGCUAUGGACAACUUGGAAACGGUGGAGUCGAGGACAGCAACAUGCCUGUGCGCAUACAGGUCGACGUUGAAGACAAGCGAAUCCAUUCGAUUGCACUCGGAUUGAAUCAUACGAUACUAUUGACAGCUUCCGGUGAAGUAUAUACUUUUGGUUCGGGCGAGUCACAUCAACUCGGUCAUGGAAAUACCAGACUUAGAAUGUGGCCGUCACUCGUUGUCCGACCGAAGCUGCGGGCAUCCGCUAUUUUCGCUGCAGGCGACUGCUCUGCACUGUUUGUAGAGGACGACCAAUCGAUCAUCUCUGGAUUGGAGAUAGAAAAGUCGUUGGAUAGUCCACAACAAGGAAGGAGGAACCUCAGUGUUUUCGUUGGAACUUGGAAUUGCAAUGGAAAGCGAUCCACUAAUUUAGCGAAUUGGCUGCUAUCGAAUUCCUAUUCACCGGACAUCAUUGCCAUUGGACUGCAGGAGAUAGUCAACAUGAAAGCAGGUGCCAUCGUAAAGGCAACCGCAGCAGACAAACAGAACAACAAGGAAAAUGCUUAUCAUCCAUGGAAACACGACAUCGAGCAAACACUCUCACUCUGCUCCGGUGGAUGUAAAUACGUAAAAGUAAUGAAUAAGAUAUUGGUUGGACUUAUGAUUCUAGUGUUUGUUAAAGAAGAACAUGCACCUCAUGUAUUGGAUGCACGUGGUGCAAUUGUUCCAUGUGGAGCAAUGGGUAAAAUUGGAAAUAAAGGAGGAGUUGGAAUAAGAUUUUCAUUAUAUAAAACAGGAUUUUGCUUUAUAAAUUCACACUUGGCAGCGGGACCCUCUCACGAGAGAGUGGAACGUCGUGCCCAAGAUUUCAAAAAGAUUCAAAUGAUGUCAUUUGAUAACCAUGUUUCGAUAUUGGAUCACGAGUGUCUGCUGUGGUUCGGUGAUCUCAACUACCGAAUCGAUUUGCCACAGUCGGACUGUAAGCAAGCCGUCAUCAACAAGAACUAUCCUUACUUGCUGGUGAACGAUCAAUUGACAAACGAGAGGAAAGCCGGCCGUUCGUUUAUCGGAUUUCAAGAGGCACCCAUCAACUUUGCACCAACCUAUAAAUACGAUGUAGGAACAACUACUUAUGACACCUCUGAAAAGAUGCGUACUCCCUCCUAUUGCGACCGUAUCCUCUAUCGUGGCGACACCAUCAAACCAUUGGUUUACCGACGUCACGAGCUGUUGGAGUCGGAUCACCGUCCGGUUUCUGGAUUGUUUCUGGUGGAGGUAAAAGACUAUCCAAUUAGUCAGGCUGCCAGUGGAUGGACAAGAAUUAGACAGGCCGUUCUUCACAACAACCACGAGCGUGCCGAGUCACCGGAUUUGACAAAUGGCAACCACCACUCUGCUGCCGCUUCCAAUGGAAACAAUUCCAGUUCUUCGACUUCCUCCAAUUCCUCUUGGACAUCGACAACCAAGAGUAAUCGUAAUGAUUUUGUGAUUGGUUCGUUGCCGUCCAGUCAAUAUUCAAAUUCACCGCGUCCACUUAGGAAACUUUCACUCUCGGCAGAGGAUCUGCAGUCGAAAGGACCGAGUGCCCAUCGUUAUCACACAAGAAAUCUCAUUGGAUCAACGAGAAAACCUUUAAAUGACGGUUCUUCGACAAUAUCUGGUGUCACCAAUAACAGCAGCAGCAACAACAACAACAGCAAUGGAAUGCCAACGGUUGUUGGUUCUUCACACAUCAUUAUAAUACCGGGUAGCAAUGGAAUGAACGAUAGUUUUACAUCGUCACUCGAGAGUAAUCUCAGUGACUUGAUGUGUAGUCCUCCCAACAACAGCAAUGCAGGUAACAACAAUAAUCCAGACUCUGUUUACAAUCAUAAUCCAAUUGUUGUCGAGGAUUCCAAACAAAUCAUUCAAGAGGAUCCAAAUUUCCUGGAUAUCGACUCGGAUUCCGACUCGUCGAGUGGCUCAGAUUGCUGUCUUCCAGAUACUACGCCUGUCAACUCGACCUGUCAUCUCGAGGAUCUUCCUCUGAAUUUCUCUGGAACAUUCUCAGACGACGACGAAGAAUCACCGGACAACCUAUCUGCAGCAACAGCAUCUGGCAAAAAACAACAUUGUAAAAGUAAUAGUACCAACAGCAACAGCGGAUACGCCAACGAAGAACACAAAUACUUUGAAUCUAUCGACGACCUGAAAGUGGUGAACAACCGAAAGACACCGCAAAUCGAAAUCUCACCACCACUGCGACUUUCCGGUUCCAAUGUACAUACUUUUUUCGGUGAGGAAAACUCACUUGACCAGCUUUUAAUCGAGAGAUACAUCCCACUGACAUCGAGCAACGAUUUGAAUUCAAGUGUCAACAGCAACGUCAGUGAAUCGGAAUUCAACAAUAAUGGAUUCAGCCUCAGAGACUCAAAUCAUAAUUUAAGAUCAUCAACAUCGCCAUCAUCAUCGAAAUGGACACCAUCCAAAAUUGUAUUAGGUAAUCAAAGAAAAAAAGAAUAG